AGCGAGGCAAAACAUAUGACGUAACCCGGAAGUAUCAGGUAACUUUUUGUGCGCGUAUGCGGUUUCGUUUCGACACUAUCGACUGUGUAAUCAAGUAAAAAGAUAUUAGAUCGAGGAUUAUAUGAACGUCCAGGACGUAUUGUGCAAAAAUGAAGCGGGCUUUAAUAUUUCUAGUCGCGUUUUCGUUUUUGGAGGCUGUUUCCUGCUGGAAUGACGGAGGUAGUGUUUUGUUACGGGACAUCCAGGUCCUGACUCUGUAUAGGGGCCGUUACACUACUGGACGCAGGACCAGUCCAGUGCCUCAGCUGCAGUGUGUCGGGGGCUCUGCUGGGUGUCACGCCUUCACUCCAGAGGUGGUCCAGUGCCAGAACAAGGGCUGGGACGGGGUCGAUGUACAGUGGGAGUGUAAAACAGACAUGGAUAAUGCGUACCGUUUUGGGCGUGUUGAGGUGAGCUGUGAGGGCUACAACCACCCGUCCGACCCAUACGUCCUGACUGGCUCAUGUGGUCUGGAGUACACUCUGGAGCUGACGGACGAGGGGCGCAAAAAGAAUCAGGGCGGUUGGGGGUCCCAACGUGGGUCCAGCGGAUUUGGAGAUUUUGCAGGUUUUGCUUCCAGUUUCUUCAAUGGUUUCUCUGGUCAUAAGUCACAGUCUCCUCCACGUCAGAGCUCCUCAGGUGGAGAGGACUCUGGGGGGCUGUUGGUUGUAGUGCUGCUGCUGUUGAUCGCAUUCGGUCUCUACAAACUGUUCCUCAGCGGAAACACAGGGACCCAGGGACCAGAGCCCAGAGAGACCCACCACGGCUCUGCCUCUGCCCCCCCUCCUCCUGGGUUUAAGCCUGACUACACCUCCACAGGUUAUCCUGAAGCAAACCCGGGCUAUGGCUUCCACAGUGACUAUACACAGGGCCAGUAUCCGUACACUGGGGGGCGCUCUACUCGCAACACUGGGCCUGGAGGGGGAGGCUUUUGGACUGGGAUGGGAACAGGAGGGCUCUUGGGGUAUAUGUUCGGUCGCCAGAGGUCCCAGCCUUAUCAGACACAUGGAUAUUAUAGUCACACGGAUAGUUACUCCAGACCCUCCUCCUCCACAAACUCCACCUCCUCUGGCACCAGAACUGCUUCAGGGUUUGGAGGUACCAAAAGAAGAUAGAUGUUUUACGCACAUCUGUUUCUUCUUCCUGUCAUGCACAAUUAAUAAUUAAGAACAGCACUGAUCAGAUUUGGGUAAAUUCCACUGAGAUCAUGCUUUGCAGUGAACAGCUCUUUAGUAAAGCUGCAGUUUGUAACUUUCUGGAGGUGGCAUGUCAUCUGCAUGAUUCCGUGGAAAUCAAAAGUUAAAACCAUACUUUGGAACGUUCUCCAUGGAGACAGAUAUAUUGUAUUUCACAAUAUGGAAUGUUGUAGCCAAAGAACAACAUUUCCUGGAAACAAACAGAAGCAGGCCGUCCUCCAGGCCAAAUAAGAGUCGGGUUUGUGGAUGUGCAAGCCCGCUCAGAGUAAACUGUUUUUCAGUAUGGUAAAUGCAACCAAAUUGCUUUUAUUUUAGUAAAUGUUUUACCUAAAAAGUUACAUAUUGUGGCCGUGAAUGUUUUCACUUGAGAUACAUAAAAAUAGUUUUAGUCAAUGUUUUAUCAUUGUAUAAAUACAGACUGAUUACCCAUUAUGACAUAACGAUCAUGACAAACAUAAACAUUAUUGAUAUUUUUGGUCUUAUCAACUUUGCUGUGAAAAGCUUUUUUAUAGUUGCACAUAGUAGAGUUAUUAAUGUAUUGUAAGAGUGAGCAAUAUUAACAACAAAGUAAAUGUGUACCGGUAUUUGCAAUGCUUUUGUGAAGACUUACAAUAAAUAAGUAAAUGGUUGUUUUUUUAAUA